CCAGAGCUUGACUGGCAAUGAUAGCCGGCUGUCCAGUCUAUCAAGACGAACGACACUGGCAGAGACAAGAGUCCGUAAAGUGACGGCGAGACUACACCUCAUCCAUCUCUCGCCCAAUUACAAGUUAAAAAGGCCCUGUAACCAUCGGCCACAACAUCAGAUAACAAAUAAUGGCCCAAUCUAAGAAUGACACCGUUGCCGUCUUGUCGGCCUUUAUCACCCUUCUUCGCUCUCCUUCUCCAAUCACGCUGUCCAAUCGAACUCUACUUGGCGCCAUCACGCAUUUCUUUUCCUCCCUCAGCCCGACUCCUCUCAAAGAGUUCAUCUUAGAGCUCAUAUCCUCACAAUCAUUAUGGGAUACGCCCACCAUAUCAACAGCGGACGUCAGGGACGCCAUUAGGCUCUCAGUCUCUGCUGUAGUCGACAGAAUCAACGAGGAAAAGAAAGAUGUUUACUUUUCUCAUUAUAGGACGACAGCCAAGGCUAGAAGCUGGCUUGCACAUGUCUUGACGAGCGUAUUAUCCUCGUCCAAUGACUCCUCCAGACCACUGCAUAUCUUGGUAGGAGUCUUAGAGGGUUUGGAUGACGUGCAGAUGGUAGACUGGGGUCAUUCCAGGGUCAAACUGGAGGAAGAAGUGAUUCUCCGGCUAGCAGGGUGCAUCGACAAAAACCUGGAUGACAAUCUGCUACUUUUCUGUACAGCUAUACCUCAUCUGGAUGCAAAGAGAGCGGGUGUCCUGGAUAUAUUGAGUCUAAAUGCUGAGUUGGAAAAACAUUUUUACACGUUGAUCGAUCAAUCACAAAGAGACAGUCCAAAUGGCGUGGAUAAUCUUGCCAUAACGUCAAGAGCCUUGGCACGUUCGUUCGUCAUUCUUGAUUCAGGAGGGCCAUCAAGCAGAGGUCAUCUCUGGGAUGCCCUCAGCAGAUUCUGCUUAACCAUUCGGGACAUAGGGGGCCAACUUGAAAAACAACUGUCUGAACAAACAGUUGAUGCAACCCCGACUCUAGAACAUCAUAAAUCAGUCUUCUCAUCUUUCCUUCUCCCCGCCUCCGCAAUUAUUGACAUUCUCGUUGCCAGAGUCACUUCAUCUGAGAAUGAAUCUCCGGCCGUCGAUCGUGCGGUAGAGCUGCUUCUCGCCUUAGCGUCCUUCGCCUACCUCACUGAUGACAGUAAAGGUAGUUUUGAGAAUUACCACCGCAUACUGUUUGGGUCACUCGAUAUCGUAUCAGGGAAAGGUGGGGUGCAAGCUGCCGAAAGGCUCUUUGCCCUUUUGGGCCAAGAGGAUCCAUUAUCAGACGGGAGAGCUGCAUUUCUGUUGCUGUUAGGAGAUGAGUUGGUUCAUCAACUUGGUCGUCGCUCUAUUGAUAUCCUAUUACCCCUCGCGGAAGAGCACUCGUACAGAUACCAACACCGUCCUAGUUUCGAGGCUGCACAUACGUUUUUCCUUUCCCUUCUCCGCGCUUCAGCGGCCACUUUCGGCACAUCAGCUUCGCAAAGCGAUUUUUUCGAUAUCCUAUUGCCCAACUAUCUUACCAUUUUGAUCAAACAAAUAAACUCGGGGAACAUCAGUGAUAAUCAGUUCAAAGACGCUUAUCCCAUGAUCACCUCUUACGCUGCUUUGCGAGGCCCUUCGUCUGUUUCGCUUUGCCGACUGUAUAUGUCUCGUCUUUCUCCUUCCCGCGCAAGCCGUCAGGUGGCCAUUCGUCUGGCGCCUUACAUCCCAACAUGCGAUUUACCAGCGUACCUCGACAGCAUAUCCACUGCUAUCCAAGAGACACCCAGGGGCUCUGAAGAUAGAUUGAUAUUGAUGGAGGAGGCGUUUAAAAUGGUUACUCAAGAUCUUAGAGAUGAACAUAGAAGGUUAGGGAUGGAGUGGUGGCUCCAAUGGAAAGCCAAACUGGAUGACAAGGAAGGGAAAAUGGGAUUUUGGAAAGCAAGACUAUGAUGAUGAAAGGACAAGGUGACUAUGCAUGAUGACGAGCCAGACAUAUUUGCUUUUACUUAUCUUUUGCCGGUCAAAGCAUCUGCGACGUUUUGCAUUUGUCGGGAGAAGAAGCGAGUGACUACACCGAAGGAUGAGUAAACUAAAUGCAGCGGCAGAAAUACUUACUUCCAGCACGUGAUGUGUUUUCAGGCGAAGUGCUCUCUCGGGAGGAUGUCUCUCCCGCUGAAAUAGCGCAUUGUUACGGCGGUUGUUUCAUGGUGUCGCCAGGUGAAGCUUUACUCACAGCUAUUACUGUCACUGGAUGACGACAACGAAUCCGUUUCAGGUGAACUGUCUGAACUGGAGCUGUACGAUGUGCUAGUCCCGGAGCUUUCUUCUGACGCACUACUGCUGCUGGUAAUAGAAACUAAUAACUUUCGACGGUCAGCCAUCGACUCGACCGUCGCCUAGAGAGCUUUCUCUCGGUUGUCCGCUGAUAAUGGAAAUGGAAUGGAAUGGAAUGUAACUUACUUUCGCUGCGAUUUGAGCUAGA